AACAAAAUUGACAGUUAUUGGCCAAUAGAUAUUUAUCAGGCGCACACGAAUCGGGCCAAAACCAAACCAACAGACGGAAGUGGCCAGACAAAGAGCAGCAUAAAUAAAUAAAAAGUAGACUAUACACAACAUAUACAUAUAUACAGAUAUAUAUAUACAGAUAUUGGCCAUGGAAGUGCGGCUGCAGCCAACUAAAAAUUGCAAAGCUUCUGAGCAGAAAAAUCAAAUGCAAAUGCCGAUGCCGAUGGCAGCACAGUUAUGUGGGCGUUGGCGUGGGCGUGGCCAGAGUCAGCCAACGAGCUGCAUGUGCCUGAUGGCCAUGAUGCUGCUAUUGUUACUGGUGCCGGAUCUCAUUGUGGCCCUCAAGGAUGUGUCCGUAAUGAUACCGCAGGCAGUUAAGCGAGGCAGUAAUGCGCUGCUCACCUGUAAUUACGAUAUGGAAAACGACACUCUCUACUCUGUGAAAUGGUACAAGGGGAAGCGUGAAUUUUAUCGCUAUACACCAAAGGAGAAUCCGGCAAUGAAAGUUUUCGCCAUGACAAGUGGACUCAAUGUGGAGCGCAACCUCUCGAAUCAAAGUCAUGUCGUGCUGCAGUCGGUGCCGCUGAAUAUUUCGGGAAAAUUUACAUGCGAAAUAUCCGUGGAAGCGCCUACAUUUCAAACAGCAAUGGUGUCCGGCGAAAUGGAGGUGGUAGAAUUGCCGGAAGAGCACACAAUGGUUACCGGCAUUCAGGCCCGCUAUCGCAUUGGCGAUUUGGUCGACGGCAAUUGCUCAAUUAAAUACUCGAAACCGGCUGCUAAUUUGACAUGGACUAUUAAUGGUAUUGUGGUGCCUCCCCAUCACAUCAAAACGUAUCAAAUCGAGAAGCACGAGAACAGCUCGCUGGAGUCUGUGAUGAGUGCGAUACAUUUUAUGGUCACCACGCAACAUUUUCUCAAGGGACAGAUGAGACUCAAGUGCACGGCCAACAUAUUUUACAUUUUUAAGGAGGAAAUCGAGAGCGUUAUCGAAGAAGAUCGUCCGCGGAUUAUGGCAUCGGGCAGGUCCUAUGACAUCAACAAUUACCCACUGGAUGAGCAUACGAAUGGGGAGCGUGGCUUUGAUGAUCACAACGAAUCCUAUUUGACUUACUACUCGGGCCCUGCAGUGGCUGGGGAGCAACUAAAAGCUGAAUGGGAUCAGUUGAGCAAAUACUCUAGAUGCAAAGGCGAAUUGCACAAUCUGGAUAAAAGCCUCAGCAAAAUAUCAAAUCCAGCACCGCUCGAAGCGUUACACUGGAAAGAGCUACGAAGAAGAUUUUAG